GAUAAAUAUAUAAUUGAGAUGAUUUCAAACCAAGUCUAUGAAAUUCCAAGAUAACCUUUAGAUUCCCAAGAAUAGAUGUGUAAGAAGGCUAUGAGGAGAAUGAUAGAAGCUUCAGGAUGGAAAUGUUCGGAAGAGGAACUUAAUAAAAUUUGCUAGAAUGACACUGUUACAAUAGAUAUCGUCACGAGAAGAGUUAGAUAAUAAGGGAUUAAUCCUUAAAAUCCAUAAAGUAAUUAAUAGAAUAAAAUUAUCAAGAUCUAAAUGUACCAUCACCUAAAAGUUAAAUCAAAAUGGAUAAUUUUAAUCAGUGUUGCAUCUCAGUUCAAAAAAAUUUGGAGAAUCUCAUAGAAAAGGACCAAGAAUAGGUUUAAUAGAACAUUUAAUAUCAUUAAACUCAUAUGAAUGACUAAGUAGAAUUUUUGUAAAAAAACUCUAUUAGUAUUGAUGUAAAUUGUGAACAAUUUAGAGAGAAAAUAUAACUUUUUAAUAGAGACCGAGAUUAAAUAAUAGAAAAAAUGUAAAACAUAAUAAUAAAAUUUGAUAAAAUUCUUUCUCAAAACAUUUCUUAAAAUAUAUAGGAUGACGAGUUUUAGGAUGCUUAAUAUUACGGCAUAAUUAAUUUAAUGGAGGAAGCAAUUAUAAUUAUUAAAGAAAUGAGAAUAGGAUUACAUAAUUUUAUAAGUGCGAUUGAACAAGAAAAUGGAGUAGACAUUUAAAUUAUUCAAAAAUUAUUAGAAAAAUUGAAAAGUAACUUAAUGGUGUUUUCAUACUUUGAAGAUGUUUUUAAGAAAACAAUAUAAUAGAAUAAAGAAUUUGCAGAAACUAUUAAAAAGUUGUAGAAAAAAAAAAGUGAUCUUUACAGUUAAUUGUAAGAAUUGUAACAGUCAAAAAAACAAAUUCAACUCUUAUUCAAUGAUCUAGUUUUGAAAUUAUCAGAAUAAGAUAAACAAUUUAACAAUAUUGUGAGGGAAAAUCCUUCAAAUAAUGCAGGAAUAUUAAGUAUUAUUUUUAAACUAUUUAGAUUUAUAUAAUUGUUGUGAUAGAUUCAAUGAUUAAAUGAUGUAAGCAAUAUAGAAUCUGUCUCAUAUAAUUUGCACAUUGUUUCCAAUAGAGAAUUAACAAGCAAGCAUUCAAUUAAAUCAAGAAAUUCUAGAUAAAAUGAGUAGUUUUAUCAAUAGUAUUAAAAAUGAAGAAUAAAAUAUUGACACUGAUAGUUAGGAAUAAUAAUGGGAAAGAAGUUUGGCGUUGUUUGAUUAAAUUUAUCCUAACAUUAACAACAAUUCUCUCAUUCAUAAGUACAUCAAGAGAUCUCUUGAAUGCAUUUUGGAUAUGAAAAGACAAGUUUAUGAAAAUAGGAAAAGUGUAAAAGAAUAAAUUAGAAGAAUUAAUGGAGCAUAAAAGUGAUUAAUAUA